CAAAUGCCGCGACAGCUUGCUUCGAGUUAGCUGCAGUCCCCGACUGGCUGCAACACCACCUGCACGAUCUUUCAUUGCGAUCGCGCCGGGCACUCCAAUCAACCUCUUCAACCCCCUUUCAAUGAUGCAAGAUGGCGGCGUUUCACCACGACAUACCUGCGAUCGCUGAAGAAAAGACGGGGUUCGACCUCAAUGUGCAGCAUGGACACCAGGACCUUGUCCAAGCGGUGGCAUUCAACGCCUACGGCGACCGCUGCGCUACAGGCUCUGUUGAUGGAAAGAUCAAGGUCUUCAACCGGCACAAAGAUGGCGUCUGGCAUCAUUGUGAUACUUGGGGCGCUCAUGGAGGGGAGAUUCUCGAGCUUCAAUGGCUGCCCCCGACCGUUUACCCGAACCUCAUUGCCUCCCUCGGCAUUGAAGGGCGCUUCAAGCUGUGGGCCGAAGACCCUUCAGCGGCACCGGGCCGCCGCUUCAGUGCCAGCAACCGCGCGACGACGAGCAAAGCCGCCUACGAGAUGCGAUCCCCCAAAUACCCUUACCGUUCCUUUUCCAUGAAGCACAACGAAGAGACGCGGCACACCUACCUCGCCCUACUCGCCUCCGACGGCCGUCUGGUAGUGUAUGAAAACGAACAGCCCGAGAACAUGUCCGAGUACACCCCCACCGACGAGUUCAGCAUCUGCCCCAAACCGAGCCGCGGCGAAGAGAUCAGUUUCAAGGUCCGCUUCGACCCGAACCCGGAUCCAUGCUACAAUGCCCUAAGGGCGGGAGUGUCGAGCGACUCGUUGGGAUUGGUAGUCGCUGGGAUGUCGUCGGUGAAAGUCUAUCGCUCCAGAGACGUCAUCACGACAUCAUACGGCGUCGCUCAAACCCAGCGUGAGUUUUACCUCGCCAUGGAAGUCGGCGUUCACCGUGGCCUCGUCCGGGAUGUCGCAUGGGCACCGGGAAACAUCCGUGGUUACGACACCAUCGCGACGGCCUGCCAGGAUGGGUUCGUCCGCGUGUUCCGGAUCGACACGCCGUACUCGGGCGACGGCAAGAAGUGGCAUACAUCGGAGCUCACAAAGCGCGAAAAUCACCAUGCGCAAACAUCGUCUAAGACGGGGCAGUCAAACGACAAGCACCACCAGUCGGGCCUCAGCGCCAGCCUGGCCAAGUCCGACUCGCAUGCAGAGCGACACUUUUCGGGACAGCCAGGCCAGGUGAAGCACAUUGUGGAAGAGGUGGCGAAGCUUGACAGCCACCACACGCCCGUCUGGCGGGUGGGCUUUGACGACGACGGUCAAAUCCUCGCCAGUACUGGUGACGACGGCAAGCUCGUGUGCUACCGUCAAACACCGCGCGGGACGUGGGCAAAGAGCUCGGAGCUUGCCAUGGUGAAGACGAGGAUGGUGACACCCUGAGCAAACACAGCGCUGCAUUCUGCCACCAAUAAGUUUUGAU